AUGGUGUUUUCAUUACUGAGUGGUUGUGGCACUUAGGGUCGUCCCGAAGGCCUUAAUGGGCUCAUGUGAUCUCAAGUGAUCUACAUGACUUGUGUGCAUCAUUAAGUGGUUUAACUACACAGCCAACACAAGAUGGAGGAUUAUAGUACCCACUUCCAGGGAACAAAAGUGACUCUGACCAACUGGGUACGCCUGAACAACGCCCCCCUCCUCCUACCAAGAGCAUCAGCUGUCCAAUGGAAUGACUUCGUCUUUGUGCUAGCUAGUGACGAUACAGCACUGCUCUACCACAGGAAACAUAACAUCUGGUCCAUGCUGCCUAAGUCACCCUAUAGCUACUUCAACCUCACCCCGGCCUUGACUCUCCAUAAUGGCCAGAUUCUCACGAUGUCUGCAAAUGGAGAAGUAUCCACGUUUAAUCCCCAGCUGUGCCGGUGGGCAGUGCUUCAUGACAUGCGUAUGGAAGUGGGCAACAGACCGAGACUCCUUGUCAGUUCCAACAACAUUCUCUACUCUGUUGUUGACUUUAAAACACGAGUGCAGCAAGUGCAGCAAGAACAAGGCCUACAUGGAGGAGGGCUAAAGCUAGGAAGAGGGCCGCUAGGAGGAGUGCUACCACAAAAUUUCGGCCAACAACAAGCUUCCUCCAGACACACCGACAGCACUGUAUUCUUGUACAACUCAAAAUCUAAGUGGGUAAAAAUCAAUGAGAUUGGAUCCAGUCCUCUUAAAUCUGCAGCAGUGGUUGAUGGAACCUUAUUUGUUCUAGCUGGACAAGAUAUGUUCAAAUUGACUCUGCCAGCGGAAACAAAGGUGGCAGCAAAUCCAAAACUAGAAAGUAACACAAAGCUAGCUACAGCAGCGCAAACAGUCACUGGGCUCUUUAGUACGCAAGCAGGAACAAGAUCACCGUUUGGAAUAAACGCCAUUCCCCCCCAGAAAGUGCCUAGAAACCAACCAGUCCCACAACAAGUACUACAAUCCGCGACAGCCUGUGCCAGUCCUAUGUACGCGGGAUCAACCCUCCACGCCAUUAAAGAUACUCUCUUCUCUUUCGGAGGGCGGGACGAGGACAACCAACCAACAUCUGACGUGUUACGAUAUAACCCCGACACUGACACCUGGGAGAGUGCCGGCUACAUGAGGAGCUGUAGAUACAAUGUUGCUGUGGCAACCGUACAAGAUACGACAAUGGAUGUGAUUGUGCUAGGAGGCAGCCUCGGAAGCAGUGAGCAUAUCAUGACGCAACAAGUGCGCCCUCCAAGUAAACCUGUAGUACAGGAUUUAUUUGGAAAUUAUGGUCCACAGUUGGUAGCCCCUCCAUCUCCCUCCCCUCCUACCUGGGACAACAAGACCAGCAUCAUAGAGAAAUGCACAGUCAACUAAACAGUGUACACUAGCUACAUGUAAGACUAGCGUAUAGAAAAUAUAAAUUUGUAGCGAAGAAUGAAUUGCCAUUAAUUUUGAUAAGAUAAUUUCAAUCAUGUGAUCCAAACAAAAACA